AAUGCUAAUCUUGUUGACGCUUGUAGACGAUAAAGGUAAUGGUUUACUUCAACUGAUAGCGAUAGUUGAAUUGCCUUUCCUGAGCAGAAUUUUCUGCUCCUGUGAACUAGUUUAAAUGAUUGACGUAUGAUCCUGAAUUUCUUUUUUAUCCGCUAACAUGAUUGCCGGCUACAGUCCCGAAAUCCAAGCAAUCUUUGGCACUUUGUUUACAUGGGGUUUAACAGCAGCCGGCUCGGCUCUGGUGUUUCUCAUGAGUGGAACCCAGAGGAAAUUUUUAGACAGCAGCCUUGGUUUUGCUGCAGGUGUAAUGCUUGCGGCCUCAUACUGGUCUCUUCUAGCUCCUGCCAUUGAAAUGGCAGAAAGCUCAGGAAUGUAUGGAGAAUCAGGAGAAUAUGCCUUUGCUCCUGUUGCUCUUGGUUUUUUCUUAGGAGCUUUAUUUGUUUAUGCAGCUGAUCAGUUGAUGCAUUACUUUAAAAUUGGAUCAACAGAAUUAAUGAUUGAUAUGAAUGUAGAGUGCAAUUUGUCUCCAGAAACAAAACAAAAAGGGAUUAAACAUAAUUCUAGUUUGCACAAUAUGAGCAAAUCCUCUAAUGGUGGCUUGACCAAAAGGAAAGCCAGAGUGCCAACUGGGGAUGAAGAAGAAUUAAUUUUAGGUCUAAGCAAUGAAGAUUAUAAUAAACUUCAUAAGCAAUCAGCUGAUAAGUGGAAGCGCAUACUUCUCCUAGUCAUCGCAAUCACAGUCCACAACAUUCCUGAGGGACUUGCUGUCGGCGUAGGUUUCGGGGCUAUAGGAAAAUCUCCGAAAGCAACUUUUGAGAGUGCGAGAAAUCUAGCUAUUGGAAUCGGGAUUCAAAAUUUCCCUGAAGGGCUGGCUGUUAGUCUUCCUCUACGAGGAUCCGGCGUCUCAGUGUGGAGGAGUUUUUGGUAUGGCCAACUGAGUGGAAUGGUUGAACCUAUAGCUGGAUUAAUAGGAGUCAUUGGCGUAUCGUGGAUUGAGCCACUCUUGCCUUACGCAAUGGCCUUCGCAGCCGGUGCCAUGGUGUACGUUGUCUGUGAUGAUUUAAUUCCUGAAGCAUCAUCUAGCGGAAACGGAAGACAAGCUUCGUGGGGAGCCAUAUUCGGCUUCAUUUUGAUGAUGUGUCUCGACGUAGGUCUCGGCUAAGCCUGACACUUGUUCAAUUCUUCAGCAUUCUUUUUUAUCAUUUCCUUCUUUUUUUACAAGUAUUCUUGUUUUUAUUUUAUUUUUGUGUUUUUUUUUUUUAAUGUUGUUGUUACAAAACGAGAAAACAAGAAAAACAAUGAUGACUAUAUUUUGAACUCUUGACCAACACCAUAUUUUUGAAUAUUUGUUGUCGCCCUUUUUGGGUCUAUUACUGUUUUGUUUGGUUUUACUGUGUAUUCCCCUUCCUCGUGUGGAUAGUGUGUUCUUGAUAUGGAAGAAUGAUUUAAAUAAGACCCUGGUUGUGGCAAA